UCCGGCCGUCCACGGCGGCUGGCAGGUCGCGCGCAUCAGCCAGGAGCACGGGGUGCUGGCGUGGCGGGGAGGAGGCGGCGGCGGCGGCGGCGGCGGAGCUGGUGGUGAUGGUGGUGAUGGGAGUACGGCGAAUGAUGAGGAGACACCGCUUGCGGUGGGCCAGCGUUUGCGCAUCUGGCCCAAUCACUCGUGUAUCACGGGCGCUGGAUACCCGUGGUAUCUCGUUGUGGACUCGCGCAAUGCGGGGCGGGAAGACGAGAUCAUUGAUGUCUGGCCCCGGUGGAAUGGAUGGUGAUGUGAAUGAUGAUGUUAGCUAGUCUUGCUUUCAUUGCGCAGCUAUCGAAUAUUGCUGACCUAGGAGAUAAGCCAGCAGCGUGUCAUUGUUCCUUAGAUUUGGAUAGCACAUAUAAUCAGAAUCAAGACCGCAAACAGCACUUUGACAUAGGAACUGAUGAAGAAGUUCCAAUAACGGGGCGUAGAGAUCCACCAGCGAUUGCAGCAAUCGGGUUCUUUAAUGCCAAUAACAAUUCAAUGCUUCAUUGCAAAGUUUACAAGCCUCUGUUCCUAUCUCUAACCCCCCCUUUUAGCACAGGAGCUCGAGUGAAGUCUCUCCGGAGACAUUCUACAUUUUCCACAAACAACUCCGUACGCCAAAUGCCUGAAAACAUCAGGCAGGAUAACUCAUGCUUUCCAAUACCGUGAUUCCUGAGCCGCAGUCGCAAUAUUACCUCGAGACAUG